GAAAACAAAGUCCUCACGUGACCCUCCGGGCGGCCAAGAUGGCGUCUCCCGGCCCGGCCUACGAGGGGCUCUUCGUGGCCGUGGAGCGCUGCCCGCUCUGCAACACCGCCCGGCGCCGCCUCACCUGCGCCAACUGCGUCCGCGGGGGGGACUUCGUCUUCUUCGACGGGCGCGACGCCGAGCGAUUUUCUGAAAAGAAGGAGAGAUUGAAACACCUUAGGAACAAGCAGCAUGAAUUCCAGUCCCAGUUAUUAAAAGCUAUGGAAGGGAAAUGGAUAACUGAUCAGCUGAGAUGGAAAAUAAUGUCUUGCAAGAUGAGAAUUGAGCAGCUCAAGCAAACUAUCUGCAAAGAAAAUGAAGAGAUGGCAAAAAAUUCCGAGUGGCUCCUCAGAAUUAAGGAUGAGAACCAGAAGCUCUACCGCCGGGCGCAGCGCCAUCAGGAGAAGAAGGAGAAGAUCCAGCGACACAACCGCAAACUGGGGGAGCUGGUCGAGAAGAGGAACUACGACUUGAGAAGCCAGCAUGAGCAUCUCGCCAGCCUCCGGCGGUCCCACGUCCUGGAACUGACCUCCGUCAUCUUCCCCAUCGAGGAGGUGAAGAUUGGCAUGAGGGACCCUGCAGACGUCUCCUCUGAGAGCGAUAAUGCCAUGACAUCCAGCACUGUGAGCAAGUUGGCGGAAGCCCGGCGGACCACUUACCUGUCCGGGCGAUGGGUGUGUGACGAUCACAACGGAGACACCAGCAUCAGCAUCACAGGGCCUUGGAUCACUCUCCCCAGCAACGGGGAUUAUUCAGCUUAUUACAAUUGGGUGGAAGAGAAGAAAACUACUCAAGGUCCGGAAAUGGAGCAUAACAACCCUGCCUACACCAUCAGUGCUGCUUUGUGCUAUGCAACUCAGCUGGUCAACAUUUUGUCACACAUACUUGAUGUGAACCUUCCCAAGAAGCUGUACAACAGUGAGUUCUGUGGGGAGAAUCUCAGCCGGAAGAAGUUCACCUGGGCAGUGAAGAAGCUGAACGCCAAUAUCCUUUACCUUUGCUUUUCUCAGCAUGUAAACCUGGACUUCCUCCACCCUCUGCAUACGCUCAGGAACCUGAUGUACCUCGUCAGCCCUGAGACAGAACACUUGGGAAGGUCCGGUCCCUUCGAGGUGAGCGCCGACCUGGAGGACUCCAUGGAGUUUGUGGACCCCAGCGGAGCCGGCGAGACAGACGAGAGCGGCGACGAGCACGUCAGCGAUGAGGAGACGGACCUGGGGACGGACUGGGAGAACCUUCCCAGCCCGCGCUUCUGCGACAUCCCUUCCCAGACGGCGGAGAUGCUGCAGAGCCAGGGCACCCAAGCCUCCCAGCCCAAUGCCGCCAGCAGCAGUGCCGGGGGCAUGAUUUCCUCCGCGGCAGCCUCUGUGACCUCCUGGUUCAAAGCGUACACCGGACACCGCUAAGGAACGGCCGUAUCUCCGCCGGGGAGGAGGACAACAACCCUCCUUGUCGACCCACCAUCACUGUUAGUAGACCUUACCUAUUCAGUUAAGUAGUGCCUCAAACAACACAAAGGUCAGACUGCUGGCUGCCUACUCCUACAUCUCCCAAGCUUGACGAUUCCUCCAGACCUACGUCAGAAACGGGAUGUCCGAGUCCCGUCCAUUUUGCCAAGGACGGAAGGAGAAGAGUCCUGUCUGUCCAUUCUUGUUUUGUUUCUUUAUGUUUUCCCCACUGAAAAAAAAGGGAGGCCAACUUUGGGGCGUGUGACCUGUCCCUCACUUUUGAGGCAUUGAGAGGAACCCAUGAGGCAGAUUGACUUGACGGCCAGGCCGAGGCAACUAUCCCGUCCAUCUUCUGUGGGGAUCUUGGGUUUUCUUCCUUUUUUAAACAGGUGCGUGUGUAAGGUUGUGUGUCUCGCAAUGGACAGGAGCAGUUUCACAGCACAAAUGCACAUUUCAAGACCCUUCUCGAAAGUUGUACGAAUGACGGCCUUUUUUAAAUGGUUUCUUAUCUCCUUGACCGCUACUUUAAUACAGCAAAACGUCACCAGAACCAAUCGCUAUUUUUUUGUUGGUAAGAUUAUGCCUGUUUGUGUGUAUGCCGUGUUCAUCCGGUGGGAGGCUUGUCUGAAUGUUUCUGCCGUGGAGAUCCCCACUGUCUGCAAAGCCACCACAUACCAAAGAGCAGCCAAUAGAAAGAUCUCCUACUCCUGUCAUUGUUCCUUCACAAAAACACA